AUGUGCUCGUUAUUGAUUCAGGCUGCCACUUUGUUCCUGACGCUUGCAACGGCCUCUCUUCUCUGCGCUGCUUCUCCUGCCCCUUCCCCAUCCCCAAAGGACAUCACGACCGUUGCUGGUACAACAGGUCCUGAUCACUUAUCAAUCUAUUUCAAUGCACCCUGUCCGGGGUGUUUUGAGGGCCCAGACGAUGGAUUGGAACUCACCCUAGACAUCGACUCCGCCGAAGAGGAGUGUGGUACUACAGCUCCCCGACUGAAUGGCCUCCCUCUCGUCGCCUCGAACUACGGCAACGGUGUUGCCAGUGGGCAGAUCUUCUUACAGUCGACGUCUACCCGUGACUCCAGCGUCAGGAAUGUCCACGCCUCGUGGGAAUCAACAUGCCUCAAAGGCGAAGCUUCGAUGGUAUCCGUCCGGCUCGAGGGAGUUGUCGGUCAAGAUCCUCUCAAUGACACGUCGGGCUUUACCACCUCCUUCAAACAGAAAGGCCAACCUCAAGUGCUCCGCCUCCAAGACAAACCUGUGAAUCGGCUCUCCCAAGAUUUGUGCGAGGAUUGGCUCGCUUCGUCUGGUCACGUACCUUCAAUCACGCCUAUCCUGUCCGAGCCUCAUUCCCCUGUUGACAUACUGCUGCAGGCUGAAUAUGCGCAGCUUGCACAGUUACAGGCCGACAUGGAGCUGCUCCAUGAACAGGUACACUCAACGCUCAGGAACAUCAUGUCGCUAUUGAAGCAGAAGUUCACCGCGUGCUCGAGCAUGCAAUGCGUAUGGAAAACCGCAGUGGGCGAAGUGUCACCUAUCGCAAACCUCCUGGUCGCUCACUUCAAACAUCACAACAAGCUAGUUAGCGGAUGCAGGGAGGGCGACGCUCAGUCACCUUGCUCCACUGUUAUCCAAGACAAGACAUCGGAGGAGCCACUCAUGAUCGAAAGUGAAAGUGUACAUGAUGUUCUUGAUGGAGCCCAUAUCACGCCUGCUGCGUCCACACCUACCACACAGCCUUCCGCUUCUCCGCAACCUACUACUCGGGCUGUUGCUUCUGCCUCACCUACAUAUGUCCAAGCGUUUUCCGCCUCCUCAUUCGCCACUCUUGCCAGUGCCACACCCUCUGCAACCAACCAUCACGGCCUUCCCCACACACGUCCUCACGACGGACAAAUUGCACUACAACGCAAGCUUGGCCUUGCGAUCAUAUCCCUUGUUCUGCUGGUCAUAGUGUCAGGUGUUGUUAUCCGGGCGAUCAUAAAAUUUCGAGAUCCACGGCGACGAGCUGAACGUGCUGCUCGUUGGGAGGAGUGCCGCACAAAGAGGCUCUACCGCAAAGCUGCAUGCAAGCACAAGUGGAAGACAUUUUGGAAAAAUCUGUGUACUCGCAAAGCAGGCCCAGAGGAGUAUGAAGAAAAGAGAGCGACACUUCUUGAGCACGACGGCUCGCCCGAGGACGAUGACGGCGGCCUACAAAAAGAAGUUCGCACGAUGCAGAACGCCACUGAUUUUGUGAGAGAUCUCGUGCAAGCUGAAGAGGGUCGAGCAAGGCACGUUCGAUCAAGUAACUAUUCUCCGGACGGUUUCGAGCCGGCCGUGCUUGGUGGAGACGUGGGGAGCAGCCGGUCUUCUGACAUUGCCCCAUCCUAUAAAACAGACGUGACUCCGCCUCCCCGAUAUGAAGAAGAAUUGGAAGGCGAGAUGAUUGUCGUUGACGGAUUCCGGUACAGAUAUACCCCCAGCAAUACGGAUGACACGCCGGAAAGCAGCAUUGUCGACUGCAGUCCGAGACUAAGUCUCGAGACCGGCAGGUCAACCAUUCUCACCAAGGACACGCGAGAUUGA